CUCACUCACUCUCUCAACUCCUCCAAGCUUAUCUAUAUAAAGUUCCCAACUAUCCAAAGCUAAUUAACAUUGUUAAGCAUACAAAAAUGGCCUUUUACUUGGCUUGUUUCUGUUUACUCAUGCUCAAGUUCUCAAUCACCAUGGCAAACUUGCCUAACAUCUCCAAUGAAGCAUGUGCCAACGGUGCUGUUACUAUUGUAUUGCAAUUUGGUAUGUAUCAAGAUAGUUGCCCAGAGGCUGAGCCCAUCAUCUUCUCUUUGGUGGAAAGGGCAGUGUCCCAAGACCCUAGAAUGGCCGCUUCUCUGCUUCGACUUCAUUCCCACGAUCGCUUUCUUAAUGGAUGUAAUGCAUCAGUGUUGUUAGAUGACAUGGGAAAUCUAGCUGGGGAGAAAACUGCCGCACCAAACUUGAAUUCACUGAGAGGGUUUGAAGUGAUCGAUACGAUCAAGUCUAAUCUCGAGUCAGUUUGUCCUGAAACUGUCUCUUGUGCUGAUAUUCUUGCAAUUGCAGCAAGAGACUCUAUUGUUCUGUCAGGUGGCCCAAGAUGGGAAGUGGAAGUGGGAAGGAGGGACAGCUUGACAGCAAGCAAAACAGCAGCUAACAACAACAUUUCAGGCCCCAAUUCGGACGUCCCAAGACUCAUCACCAAGUUCAGAAAUGUCGGUCUCACGCUUGCUGAUGUCGUUACCCUCUCAGGUGCACACACAAUGGGGAAAGCUCGAUGCUCAACAUUUAGCUCUCGGCAAAAGGGUAAUAGCAAUAGAGACUCAAAUGGCCCAGACAUUGAUGUGGCCUUUCUUACCUCUCUCCAGCAACUAUGCUCAGAAACAGAUAGCAACACAACGCUGGCACAUCUUGACCUGGUGACCCCAUCAACAUUUGAUAACCAGUACUAUGUUAACCUAAUUUCUGGGGAGGGAUUACUUCCAUCUGAUCAGGCUCUUGUGAAUGGAGCAAAUACGUUGCAAAUACGCAAUGAAUUUUAUCAGGAACCAGAAGCAAUUGAAUCAAACAACUCAAAAAUAUACAUUUACAAGCAAAUAUAA